GCGAUUCCUGCAUUUUCAUUGGUUGACGGAAUGUAAAUCAAAUCCGGCACUGAAAUUUAAUUGGUUUACUGUCAGUGACGCGGUACUCGGUGAAUGCGGACAGCACGAGCGACACGGUGUGUUUGGGAUGCAUAUGUGAAAUGAGAAGCGGGUACAAAAUGUAUCAUGUAUUCCUCUCCGUUUAAAAAUGAGCGUUUCGACAAAACUGCGAUGUUUUAAGGCUUUUUUCUCAGGGUUUUUUAUUAGAUUAUUACGAGAUUAAACAUCUGUUUUUGCAGCGGAGGUUUUCAGAUUGAUUCACAUCCCCAAAACGGGCAGAACUCUGAUGUUUUUAAAUGUUUUUUUUAAAUGUUUAGUGUUUUUCAACCGAAAACGUGUCUGUCUGGUUUUAUAUCAUUACUCGAAGAAAAAGAUCUAACGGAUGUACGAUUAUUUUAGAUGGAAAUGUGGGAUGUCGGAGCUUCAAACAUCUGGCGAGAGAAGGAUGUGUAUCUCAAUCGUAUAAUGAUGUGACUGAUGCCGCAUCAUUUAUGUAAAAUAAGCUACAGGGAAGAAUCAAGGGUCUGCCUCCAUGCUGAGAUGUGUGCUAGCGACCUAUCCGAUAGGCUGAGCUUGCUCUCUUUACCAUGUAACUGCAAAAAGAAGAAUGCUUUAUUCGUCCACUAAUCCACCUGUGGCUUCAGGGGAGCCUAGCGCCACCCUGCACCCCACGGCCAAGGUGCUGAGCCAGCCAGCGGGUACAAGAGCCAUGGAGAAUUCCUCCACGAAAGCCAACAGCUCGCUAGAGUUCCGGACUCUGUCGGAAUACAUAACGCCUUCGACCGUUUGGCAGGACCCUGUUCAAGGCCUGAACUUGCCCCUCCAGGUGUUCUUCUGCCUGGUCAUCAUCUGCGUGCUGCUGCUGGCCUUGCUCGGAAACAUGGUGGUCUGCCUCAUGGUUUACCAGAGGGCCGCCAUGCGUUCCGCCAUUAACAUCUUGCUGGCCAGUCUCGCCUUCGCCGACAUGAUGCUCGCGGUCCUCAACAUGCCCUUUGCGCUAGUCACAAUGGUGACCACGCGCUGGAUCUUUGGAGAUGCAUUUUGCCGCGUGUCGGCCAUGUUCUUCUGGAUGUUCGUGAUGGAAGGCGUGGCUAUUUUAAUGAUCAUCAGCGUGGACCGCUUCCUAAUCAUCGUGCAGAAGCAAGACAAACUAAGUCCACGCAGGGCCAAAGUGUUGAUCGCGGUAUCGUGGUCUCUGUCGUUCUGCUUCUCUUUCCCACUUUCCAUUGGCCAUCCUGCCCUGUACAUUCCCCCCAGAGCGCCACAGUGUGUUUUCGGCUACACGGUUGAGCGUGGUUACCACGCUUACGUGUUGCUCAUUAUGCUGGUGUUCUUCUUCGUACCGUUUCUGGUGAUGCUGUACACAUUCAUGGGCAUCUUGAGUACGCUCCGCCACAAUGCGCUGCGCAUCCACUCCCAUCCUGACUCGGUGUGCCUCAGCCAGGCCAGCAAGCUGGGUCUGAUGAGUCUGCAGAGGCCCUUUCAGAUGAACGUUGACAUGAGCUUCAAAACACGUGCCUUCACCACGAUCCUCAUUCUGUUCUCAGUCUUCACCGCGUGCUGGGCUCCGUUUGCCACCUACAGCCUGCUGUCCACCUUCAGUCGCACGUUCUACUACCGGCAGAACUUUUUCGAGAUCAGCACUUGGCUGCUGUGGAUCUGCUACCUCAAAUCGGCCCUGAAUCCUCUCAUCUACUACUGGCGAAUCAAGAAGUUCCGUGACGCCUGCCUUGACCUGAUGCCCAAGUACUUCAAGUUCCUGCCACAGCUGCCUGGCCACACUAAGAGACGCAUCCGCCCCAGUGCCGUUUACGUGUGUGGGGAGCAUCGUUCUGUGGUGUAGUAGAGGACGUUUCCGAAGCUUCUUUUGUAAUUCUUACGGUACAGUCGUAUCAAGCUGUGAUAUGUUUGGUCUUUCUUCAAACUGCAGGAUGUUUUAGCUGUAAAAGAUUGUACAGAUGAGAAGGUUUACAGAGCCUGUACAUUAAACUACUUUAAUUGCACAAUGUUUUUUUUUAUUUAUAGGAUUUAGAUCUUAAUAGAAGUUUGUUUAGUACAUAUCAGUCAGGUGCUGCUAUAUUUGGUGAAAAUGUGCAAUCUUCUGUUUUAUGCCAUGAAUGUAACAAGAUUUUGUGAACUGUAUUUGUUUUUUUUUCUGUUUUGUUUCUUUUUCCUGGCUUUGUGAUAUGUUUUACACUUUAACAUUUUCUAUUUAAUUUUAUUGUUGAUUGUUCAGCUAUUCUGUUUUGAAUUAUUUUCAUUGUGGAAAUAAAGGAAAGGCAUUUGACAAAGGUAUAAGCAUGUUCCAAACUGAUAAGUAGAUGACUUUGUGGACAUACAUGAUUUUUAAUGUGAAUUUUACAAUUGUGAUUUCCAUGCCUGGAAGUAAAUAAAAUCAUGGAAAUUCAUGGAA